UUACGUACGUGUUGCUUCGGGGCCUGAGGCUCGAUGACUCCGCUUGUCCACCAAAGGCAUGAUGAUGGAUACGAUGAAAAGUCUGAUAUCUCGAGAUUGCUUCUUGGUCAGGAAGCUCUUCUCCGAUGUAUUAUGACAUUUUUUUUUCUGUGCCUAGAUCCUCUGGUAUCUUUGUCCGGCCGAGCGGCGUAUCGUGACGCUAAGGAUCGACUUGACGGAUCUGCAGGUUUCGCUCCGAUUCUUUCACAAGGUCCGUCCUAUAAUUAUACCAGCCAAAAAAAACGGUAGAUGCACAAAGCCUGGAGAUUUGCCCCCCUUCUUCCUCCGUAAUUGCCCCUCACAGACAUCUGUCAGACCAAACGAACUCUGUCGUAGAGUGGGGACAGAACGAAAAAGUUCGUACUCGUAGCUACUAAUUAGUUAGUAACUAAUUUGUAAGUAUCCUAGUCGUUAGUACUACGGACUUUGGGGUCCAUAGCGUUGGAAGGCAGUGUUUUUCCCGCCCCAGGCUACAUCGAACCCGAUUCGUCUCGGGGAAGU